GCGCCUGAAGGGAUCAUUGAAGUUCACGGAAGUAGGAUGUAAACUUCAGAAACGUGACGUGUUUUGGUGUGAAAGAUGUUUUAAACGAAAUACACAAAAGAUUUCGACAUAUUGUCAUAGAAAUGAUAUAGAGUUCCAACAAUUCGAUCUUCUUAUACAGUUGUCUCCGGUUUUAGAGGAGGACUUGCAACAGUUUUUUCAUUAUGAAGUCAAAUCCAUUCACAUGUCUUUCUUUCCAAAGAAAAACCUUUAUUUCUGGAAAUAUCAGCAAUUACCGGACGUUUAUUUAUUAUUUUUUAACUUUAUUAUUUUUAUCUAGUCACAUAUGCUCAGCGUAUUAUGUGAAUCAGUUUGCCGUCCAUAUCAAAGGGGGGAGCGUCACAAAAGCGAAUAAUCUUGCAAAGGAAUUUGGAUUUAUAAAUCAUGGACAGAUUGGUAGUUUAAAAGAACAUUAUUUAUUUGAACACCAUGACGUAAGAAAAAGAUCGGCAGAUCCAAGUUCACAUCAUCAUUCACUUCUGUCUGAACAUCCUGAGGUUCACUGGGUUGAGCAACAGUAUGUUAACAAAAGAACAAAAAGAGAUCUCACAUUUAAUGACCCAGAGUACAAAAAUCAAUGGUAUCUUCAUGCGGGAGGCAAAAGAGGUACAGCAGGCACUGUGGGGUAUGACAUGAAUGUUAAAAGAGCAUGGGAGAUGGGAUAUACUGGUAAAGGAGUUGUAGUUACUAUAUUAGAUGACGGUAUAGAGAGGGACCAUCCUGAUCUGAUAAAAAAUUAUGAUCCAUAUGCCAGUUAUGACGUAAACAACAAAGAUAAUGAUCCUAUGCCAAGAUAUGACCCCACUAACGAGAACAGACAUGGAACAAGAUGUGCUGGUGAAGUGUCUGCGUCUGCUAAUAACUCAAAUUGUGUGGUAGGAGUAGCAUUUAACUCAGGGAUUGGAGGAGUGCGUAUGUUGGAUGGUGAGGUAUUUGAUGCAGUUGAGGCCACAUCAUUAAGUUUUAAUAAGACUCAUAUAGACAUCUACUCAGCUAGCUGGGGACCAGAUGAUGAUGGCAAGGUGGUAGAUGGACCAGGACGUCUUGCCUGGAAAGCUUUUGAAGAUGGAAUCAAAGAUGGACGUGGUGGUAAAGGGUCUAUAUUUGUAUGGGCAUCAGGAAAUGGGGGCAGUGCUAUGGACAGCUGUAAUUGUGACGGGUAUACAAACAGUAUAUUUACCUUGUCAAUAAGCAGUACCUCCGAACAUGGAACACGCCCUUGGUACCUCGAGGAGUGUGCUUCUACCUUAGCUACAACUUACAGCAGUGGAGCAUAUCAUGAAAGACAAAUUGUCACUACAGAUUUAAGGAAGAGAUGCACUAGUACACAUACUGGGACUUCAGCUUCAGCACCCCUUGCAGCAGGACUUGUCGCUUUAAUGUUAGAAGCAAAUCCUGGUCUGACGUGGAGGGAUGUACAGUAUAUAACCUUGCUAACCUCAAUCACAGAACCAUUCCAAGAUGGAGAAUGGCUUACUAAUGCUAAAAAUAGAAAAGUCAGUUUGAAAUAUGGUUAUGGAUUGAUGAAUGCCACUGGUAUGGUAGAUUAUGCCUUACGAUGGACAAAUGUACCAGAGAAACAUAUCUGUACCAUGAAUUCUCCAAAAAUAAAUGUACAAAUAACAAAUGCACACUAUGAAGAUUCAAUAACUACUGAUGGAUGUAAGGGAUCUAGUAAUGAGGUUAACUACCUUGAACAUGUUCAGGUUAAGAUAACCUUGAACUAUCAUCGCCGUGGAAAUGCAGUCAUUCAUAUAACAUCUCCUAGUGGAACUAAAUCAACAAUUCUACCUCAGAGACCUAAUGAUAUUAUGAAGGGAGGAUUCCGAGACUGGGCAUUCUUAUCUGUUCAGUUCUGGGAGGAAAAUCCAUCAGGAACUUGGAAAUUAGAAAUUGAUGAUCAUCGUUCAAAUUCUGCCUGGGAAGCUAAUUCUCCACUACUAAAAGGAACAUUAACAUCCUGGUCUUUGGUUUUACAUGGCACCAAGUCUAAUCCUAUUAAUUUGAAGUCAGAUGUAGGCAGAUCAACCCCUCCUACCACACCAGUCAUGUCAACUAUACCUCCACAAAACUGUCAUGAAGAGUGCCGUGGGUCUUGCACAGGAACUGGACCAGAAGAUUGCCUAGCCUGUAAACAUGUCAAGUUAGAGAGUAGUGGGACUUGUCUACAGACCUGUCCAACAGGAACCAGAGAAUUCCAAUCAGUGUGUUUACAAUGUGAUGCUAAUUGUGAAUCUUGUUCCACUGUAUUUAAUAAAGAAUUGUGUGAGAAGUGUAAAGAUGGCUACUUAAUGAUUGAGGGAGAAAACCGCUGUCUCACAUCUUGUCCUGAGGGUUACUUCAGAGACAAUCCAUCUGUUGCUGUAUGUAAGAAAUGUAGCAGUACAUGUGCCACAUGUAUUGUAAAUGAUGAAAUGUGCACCAGAUGUCCUGUAGGAAUGAUACUAAAUAACAACACAUGUAAAAUGCCAAAAGUUAUUUGUAAUUCAGGAGAAUAUAAAGAUUCCAACAAUCAUUGUCAGAAAUGUCCUGCUGGAUGUGUGGAGUGUAUCAGUGACAAUCUCUGUACAGAAUGCCAACACAAAUGGAUUAUGUACAACAAGAAAUGUCUGGAGUCCUGUCCAUCUGGUUACCUACAGUAUAUUGUGACAACAUCAGAUAAUCAAUUUAAAAGAGAAUGUAGAAAAUGUCAGCCAGAUGAUUGUAAAACUUGUGAAAAUGGAUUUUCUAGGACUCUAGAAGGUUGUGUCAGGAAUAAACAAUGUGGAGAAGAAUUUUAUUUUGAUUUUACAUUAAUGGAAUGUUCAAAAUGUCACUAUACAUGCGAGACAUGUGAACGUAGUGGAUCUCAAGGGUGUACGUCAUGUAAAUCUCCAAGGGCUUUCAGUUCAUAUCUACAUGCCUGUUUACUAUGCUGUGAGCAAGGGAAGCAACCCUCUGGCUCAUGUUGUAACUGUGAUAUUCAAAAAGAAAAGUGUUUACUUAAUGCACAAAAAGGAGAAAAUCUUGAUUUAAUGGCAGGCAAUAGACAAACAAUCAUGAUAAUUGUUGUCGCUGUUAUAUGUUUGAUUGCAGCAGCAAUAAUUGGUGGUCUAGUCUUCUUAAUUUACGAACUUACGUCAAAACGUCAGACACAGGAUGGUAAAUAUAAACUCUUACCUAAAUCUGACGAGGAUGACGCAGAUGAUGAAGACGAUAUACCAAUCAAAGGUGGUUAUCCAAGGCAGUCUCUAAAAGCUUGAUUGGUUAAAAACAGUAUUAAUUACUAAUUAUGCAUUUUGUAAAAAAUGAAAACUGCUAAACUGGCAAAAUUUGUUUUUUGAUUAUUCUUUCUUCUCAAUUUGAUGAAAUUAUUGCUAACAUAAAUAGGUCAAGCUCAUUAUUUUUCACUUUGCUCAGCUAGAUUUGUUUGUCACUCAUUAAAAUCUGAAGAUAUCCCAUCAAGGGUCAUGUUCGGUGACCUUUUAGCAUCCAAUCAUGUCUAAGCCUACAAAAAUUUUCAAUAUUUUUUGCUAUAGACAGUUAAAAAAUGUUGUGGCAUUAACUGCAAAUUAUUUUUAAAAUAGUCGAGAGAGUUGGAUGUUCAAAGUAGAUGAUGUCCGAUGUCCUGACAUGAUUCUGAUUUAAUGCAUCAACUCAAUUGUGAACAUUCCACAUGUCACCGAAACUAUAAUGUUUCAUUAUUAUAUUUAUGUUUUAGAUUAGAAAUCGUAAGUUGAUAAAAAAAUGUAAUCAUUAAAACGUAGAAAUUUUGAUCAAAUGGCUUAAUCUAAGUUUGUAGCGAAAAAAUAUUUUCAAAGUGACAGUAUGUCACUUGAAAUUAUUGGUUUGAUUUAAAACUUCAUAAAAGGUCAUCCAAAUAUGACCCCUUACGGGAUGUAUUACAAAUCUUACAAGAUUGACAACCAGAUCUAAUGGAACAAAGUGAAAGAUCUGAUGUUAAUGAAUAGAUUACCUUAAAAGUUGGGACUUUUCUAUACCUAUUCUGACAAAGUGAAAGAUAUUUGUUUUUGAUUUAUCUAAUGUUAACUUGAAUUUAUUUAUAAUUUUUCGAUGACUUCCUCAAAAAUGUAAUUGCUCAGAUUGUUUACCUGUAUGCAUGGGGCAUAAUUCUAUGUGGAUCAUAUCCAGUAUUGAUUUAAGUUUAUCCAAUUAUAACAAAAUGACAGCCCUAAUAUUCAUGAAUCUUUUUGAUGAAUACCAAUCAACAAGAUAUUUCAUCAAAGAUGUGUCUUUUUAUAAUUGUUUCAAGGGUUUUUACAGAAAGAUUGCCAAUCAGGAUUUUACUAGACAGUGCAUUGCCUCUUUUGAUUUUGAAAAAAAGUGGGUAAUUAUUUUUCCCCCUUAAACUUAAAAAAAUUAAACAAGAUUAUUUAAGAAAUAUUAAACCUUUAUUGCCAGUUUAACACCACGAUGCAUACCUAUAAAUGGGUAAAAAAAAUAAAUCAAAAUAUCGGUGCAUUGUUGUUUUGUUUUUCUUUGAAAGUUGUAUAAUCAUAUUUUGUACUUAAUUUCAUAUGUUUUACUGUAAGAAGGAGGUGCCAAACAAAAGUAACAAACAGAAUUGAACUGAUUACGCAAUAGCUGAAGUGUAAAACACUUGUAAAAACACCUAUUUUAUUUCGGUGUCGAUAGCUGAAUGAUAUAGGUAACUUCAUAAUAUUUACAUGUACAACUUCCCCAAACCAUUUAGCAAAACUUUGGUCUUAUGUCACUUUGUUCAUUCAAAGAAAUGAUCAUUUGAUAUAAAAAAGUAAAAAUCAAUAUCUUUAUUUCUGUACUAGGCACAUUAUAUUUUGCUUUUCAAAUUAUUUAGUUUUAAUAAUUGGUCUGGAAAGAGAACUGUGGUUUCCUUAUCAAAUAAGUUGACAGCUAUGAAAUUAUACAAAAUAAUAGAAAAUUUAAUUAAAUGUACAGAAAUAUUCAGUAUUGUUUAGGAAUUUUUUAUCAAGUUUUCCUACUGAAAAUCAGUGGAUAUCUCUCCGGGCACUCCGGCUUCCUCCACCAAUAAAAACUGACUGCCACAAAAUAGCGCAAUAGUGCUGAAAGUGGCAUUAAACACCAAUCCAUCAAUCUAUCAAGUGAUCAUGUGAAUUUAUUUUCAGAAGAAAAUGAUAUCCAAUUAUAUAUGUAGCUGCUAGUAAUGUGGGAUAUGGUUAUCAAUACUACAACAAUGUGAUCUAUACACACCAUUUUUUGUGUGUUCUAUACACAGCAUUUUGUGUGUGUUCUUUGUUUUAUAUUGUUCAUAUUCUGUUAAUCCAGUUUAUGUUAAAUUUUCUUUUUUGUUGUUAUUUUAUUAUAUAAUGAUUAUUUCAUAUAAAUAAUUGAUGACGUUACAAUGAUAUUUGUUGAAUUGUAGUGAAUGCUUAUGUGUCUGAUAAAUGAAUUAUAUAUAUGUAUAUUUUUGUUUACCUGUGCAGGAGCACAGGAUUUGUUUCCUUAUAUUGACAUAAAUGUACUUAAAAUUAUCUUAAUGAUUUUGUUAGUUUGUUAUAUAUGAAAUUAUAACUGAACACAAUCUAUGGAUACACUUGAAAUGAUACUACUCAUUUAAAUCUGAUUUACAGAACUCUGUUUUAAUAAGAAAUUGACUAUUGCCAUGACUUUGUCAGCUGUUGAUAACUGUUAAAACUAGGUUCAUGUUUGUGUUCAGGUAACAAUACAUGACUUUCUUUCAUGAAUAUAUUGACAUUUCAUCUUUUUCCUUUAUGAUAUUCAGAUUGGAUAUUGUUAGUAAUACAUAUAAUGUAACUCCAUAAGGAUUUUUUUUAACUUACUUGUCAUUUGUUUUCAAACAUUGUGAUUGUAUGAGAUACUGCAUUGUUUUGAACUUGAGAAAAAAAUGUAUAUAAACAUUAAAAAACAAACAGUUAAAAGGACGAAGUACUUACCACUUACCCUGGUAUACAUCAUAAAAUAAAUUUGCCAUAUUUAAUUGGUUGAUUUUGUCAUCUAGAACUUUUCAGAAAAACUUUGUUUUCUUAAAUCCUUCGGCCAUUUUGAAUCAAAUUUGUGCUGAAUAUUUGUUAGUCUUUGCAUUAACAAUCCAGUCAUCGACAUUUUAAAUUGACCCACAGAGGUACUGUUACUCUCCAUAUAAUAUAGAUAUAACCCCAAGUAAAAUAGGGUUUUUUUUUUCGAGAAAAAUUUACAGAUGAUGUUUUGACUAAAAUUUAGUUCUGUCAGAUUUAUUUUGAAAGUCCUGCUGGGUAAAAUUAAUUGAUAGAAAUUAGAAAUAUGAAAAAUAAAUAUGGGAGAAAUUCAACUUUCAACAAUUAAUAUCAACUGUGUAAUGAAAAUCACUUAGUUGGCUUCUCAAUGUAUUUGAUGAUCUAGCUUAAUUGUCUAGGAAUAAUACAAAUGUUUUUUUAUUAGAAUAAUUAAGUAAUUGACAAGUAUGAUUAUAUUUGAUGUUGUCUUUCAUAUUUCCAGAAUAUGAUGUUUUUUCUGUUUCCUAUUUAUAACAUUGUAUGCCAAUAUUAUUUCAUAUGGCUUUCCAAUUAUAUGUAUGUUUUGUCAUUAUUGACAUACAUUACUUUAAAAUUAUUGUUUAGGUCACAGAUUUUUGUUUAUUGGUUGUAUCUCCUCUAUGUAUAUCACAGACAUGCCAGUUUUGACUAUCUUAAGGGAUGAAAUAUAAUAUGUUUUUCUUGUUUACACAUACUACAUUAUUCAAUUUCAAACCAGUCGUUUAUGAGGGUGUGGAUGGGGGUUUACAUAAUAGAGAAUAAUGGGCAGAAAAAUAAAGAAUAGAGAAAAAUUAUAAAAAAAAAUAUAGAAUAGAGAAUAAUGGCCAAAAAGAAUAAAGAAUAGAGAAAAAUAGAAUAGAGAAUAAUGGCCAAAAAGAAUAAAGAAUAGAGAAAAAUGGCUUAAAAAUUAAAAAAAAAAAAGAAAUGAAGGACCCCAUCCAGACCCUCGUUUAUCAACUUCCUGAUUAACAAAUACAUGUUUUUCCUUUGAAUAUAGUACAUAUAUAGAAAAUUAUGUCACAUAUCUACCCUCUGUUGGCAGCUUCUGUAAAAGAAAAUCAGAAGAAGGUCAUACAUUGUUUAUAGUAGCCCACAAAACAUCUGGUAUUGACCCAUUACAAGUGUUGGCUUCAAUAUUCUUUAAUAGGUCAAUUCAGAUUAUUAAACUUUAGAAAUAUGUGACUAUUAAUUUAUUAUGUAAAAAUUAAGACUUCAAUUCUCAAAUCUCAUUUUCUUAGAUACUCCCUUCAAGGACUCAUACACUUACACCAAAUAAGAGCAAUCAAGCUAGUCGAGCAAAUCAAUAUAUGAACAAUGUUCUUCUUAAAGAGAAGUGCCUUUACAACUUCCAAUAGAAAUAUGCUGUCGACAGCAGAAGACAAUAGCAAGAAAUAUUUACUUGUUUUGAAUAAUUGUCAUUGUUAACAAAAUAUUGUUUUGUCCUCAGAAUAUAUUUACAUAAAUGUUUGGAUAAAAUAUAUGUGUGAUGUCUAUUGAUUGUUUAAGUAAUAAAAACAAGAAUUUGUGUAUAUUGAUGGAGCAUCUGUUUUAUGAAAUUAAUAUUGAAAAAUAAUAUAUAAUUGGUUUACAUAUUUUUACAUGUCUUCAAACAUCCUUCCAGUUUAUAUUUAAAUUAUUACCUGCACUUGUAAUAAGGGGCAAAUUUUUAAAGGUAUAAUUUUAGUGUGAUCUCAAGUAAUCGAACAAAAAAUUUAAAGCAUGCAAUACUUGUAAAAAGCUGAAGAAUUUUGUAAAAAUGUCCCUGUAGUAUUUAAAAAUAUAUGUCAGCCUGAAGGAUCAAAGCCAACGUUUUUUUUUUAAAAGCCUGCUAAGUUGAUGAAACUGAAGCAAAUUAACAUAAAAUGAAUGCUCAGGCUUGCCGGACAUUCCUUAAGAUUUAGCCCUGUACUCUUCAAACUAAAAUUCCAUCUUUGUGCAUGGAAAAGGCACAUGGAAAAUGAUAGUUGUUACACCCUAUACUAUUUAGAAACAGAUGAGCAUUUCAACUCAAAAGAGAUUAUACUCAACCUUGAAUUGAAUGUACAUCUACAUAAGUAGAAAAUCUCUUUUAAGACAAAUUCUUCAAUUUUAUGACUGUAUGUGUUUGUUACAUAAAAAAGAGCUUUAUUAAUAUUUGACUGAUAUGUUAUCAGAAUGAAUGCUUUAUUUUGAACAAAUCUUGGAACAGUUUAUACUACGUAUUGAUGUGCAAUCACUUCAUUGUGUAAAUAAAAUCACUAUUUUCAUAA